UUUUUAUUUUUUUCUUUCUUUCUUUAUUAUUUAUUUAUUUAUUUGCAUUUUGCUUUUUCACUUUCAGACGGGACUAUUGAAAAAACGUCCAUGUUAUAAAAUUCAUUAGUGUACAGUCAUAAAGUGACUGCCCUCUCACCCCCCUGGGAAUGUUGUAAUUAUUCCUCCUUCAUGAAAGUGAGAAUAAAAAAAAUAACCAGAAGCAAUUGGAGCUUGCCUUCACACAGUGUAUCAGAAUAAAAGUGGAAAACACAGUUCCAUCAUGGUUAUUUAUAUACAUUAUAAAUUACAUAAUAAUGUAAAGAAAAAAUUUGUUUUAUGUCUCACAGGGGCUCCGAAACCUAAGCUGCAUUACAGAAAGGAAGUAGAAAUUAGAACCACACUUCAGGAGUUGUCACUCUACUUUAUUUUUUUAAUAAACCUAUGUAUAUUGACUUUUGGCAUGGUAAACCCACAUAUGUAUUACUUAAACAAAGUUAUGUCAUCUCUAUUUUUGGACACUUCUGUGCCUGGUGAUGAAAGAACCAACUUUAAGUCUAUUUGCAGCAUAACUGAUUUUUGGAAGUUUAUGGAAGGACCCCUUUUGGAAGGUCUGUACUGGGACGCAUGGUACACGAACAAGACUUUGUAUAAUUUAAAGAACAGCAGUCGCAUCUACUAUGAGAACAUACUUUUAGGAGUGCCCAGAGUCCGUCAACUAAAAGUCCGCAACAACACGUGCAAGGUCUACUCAUCCUUUCAGUCUUUGAUGAGUGAAUGUUAUGACAAAUACACUUCUAGCAAUGAAGACACGUCUGAUUUUGGCCUUAAGCAGGAAACUGAAUGGAAAUACUCUACUCCUAAUAGUAGCUCCCCUUGGCACUGGGGAUUUGUUGGUGUUUACCGAAAUGGGGGAUUUAUUUUCACUUUAUCAAAAUCAAAAUCUGACACAAAAAACAAGUUCAUUAACCUUCGACUAAACAGCUGGAUCACAAGAGGGACCAGAGUUAUUUUCAUUGAUUUUUCGUUAUACAAUGCUAACGUAAACCUGUUUUGCAUCAUCAGAUUGGUGGCAGAAUUCCCUGCAACUGGAGGAAUGAUUACUUCAUGGCAGUUUUACUCUGUGAAGCUCCUCAGAUAUGUUAGCCACUAUGAUUAUAUUAUUGCUUCCUGUGAAAUCACAUUUUGUAUUUUUCUUAUUGUCUUCACAACACAAGAAGCCCAAAAAAUAAGAGAAUUUAAGUCUGCCUAUUUCAAAAGUGUUUGGAACUGGCUAGAAUUACUACUUUUGGUGUUGUGUUUUGUGGCCGUUUCCUUCAACAUAUACUGUAAUAUACAAAUUUUUCUCUUACUUGAAGACCUGUUAAAAAACACUGAAAAAUAUUCAGACUUCUAUUUUCUUGCAUACUGGUACAUUUAUUACAACAAUAUAAUUGCUAUUACCAUCUUUUUUGCAUGGAUAAAGAUAUUCAAAUUCAUAAGCUUUAAUAAGACAAUGUCUCAGCUGUCAACAACCUUGUCCCGCUGUCUCAAAGACAUAGUAGGAUUUGCCAUCAUGUUUUUUAUAAUAUUCUUUGCUUAUGCUCAGUUAGGAUUUCUUGUUUUUGGAUCACAAGUUGACGACUUUUCCACUUUUCAAAAUGCCAUAUUUGCACAAUUCCGAAUUGUUCUUGGAGAUUUUAAUUUUGCUGGUAUUCAGCAAGCCAAUCGUAUCUUGGGGCCCAUUUACUUCAUCACUUUCAUCUUUUUUGUGUUCUUUGUCCUGCUGAACAUGUUCUUGGCAAUUAUUAACGAUACCUAUUCUGAAGUGAAAGCUGAUUAUUCAAUAGGCAGAAGGCCAGAUUUUGAACUUGGUGAAAUGAUUAAAAAGAGUUACAACAAUGCUCUUGAAAAACUUAGACUAAAGAAACCUCAAAAGGAUGGAGACGAUAAAGGUAUGAAAGGCGAUUUGGCUGAGCAAGCCAGAAGAGAAGGCUUUGAUGAAAAUGAGAUUCAAAGUGCAGAGCAGAUGAAAAAGUGGAAAGAGAGGCUUGAGAAAAAGUAUUAUUCUUCAGAAAUUCAAGAUGACUACCAGCUUGUCACUCAACAAGAAUUUCGAGAACUCUUUUUGUAUGCCGUGGAGCUGGAGAAAGAAUUACACUACAUCAGUUUAAAACUAAACCGAGUGAUGAGAAGGAUUUCAGCUCUACAAAAUUAAGACAAGUGCAGUCAUUCUGUAAGAAAAAGGCAACCGAAGAAUUCAAUGUGAAGAUGUUCCUCUCAAUUUUCUUCAGUAAUUAAAAAAAUAAUAAUAAAAGCAAAGUUGGUAACAACAAAAA